CGUCCGUAUGUUUGGUAUAGUGUUUUUGAUUGCUAGAGACUCAGGAAGAAAAUUGCUUGUGAGGUGCUGAAAAGGGAGUUUUCCCCCGGAUAUUCCUGUGAAAAGUGCCCCGAGGGCGUGCGGUGUGGCCACGGGGUGCGCGUGGCCGCGAUGGAGCUGAGGGGAAACGAGGGGCGAGCCAAGAGGAAUUGUGGCAGUGAUUAAUUUAUCAUCCCCCCCUUGCAGAAUCGCUUUGGGUGUUGAGGACAAAAAAGUGGAAUUUUCCGGGAAAACCCAGUGCGUUCAAUCAUGAUGCGCCUCAACCUGAAGUUCGUCCUGGGGCUGCUGUGCCUCGUCGUCCUGGCCACGUUCUCGCUGUGGACACAGUGCGGGGACUCGGCCCUGGGGCGCAGUCUGGUGCCCAAGUGGGACAGGAGAUCCUUUUCCGGAGGACAGCAGCAGCCGGAUCAGACGGAAGAGAUAGACUGCUUUAUUAAUCAGGAAUACACAAUUAGCUGCCGGAAGGAGGGCGACGAGGUCUACUUGCCCUUUUCGUUUCUGCACAAAUACUUCGAGGUCUACGGCUCCCUCAGCACCGUGGACGGCACCACGAGAUUCGACUGGGCGCACAGCUACGGAAAGGUCAAUUAUCCGAAGAGUGUCUACGACCCCAGAGGCAUUUUCAUGUACUUCGAGAAUUACAAUGUGGAGAUGAGGGAUCGCGUGAAGUGCAUCACGGCGAGUGAAGGUGUCCCCAUUUCGACGCAGUGGGAGAGCCAGGGCUACUUCUAUCCCACGCAAAUUGCUCAGUUUGGCCUGUCGCACUACAGUAAGAAUCUCACGGAGCCGGAGCCCAGGCGGAAGGUGGUGGAGGAUGCCGAUAAGUAUCGUGGUGAGUGGGUUGUUCCGCGCGAGAGUGUGUUCAGGCGGCAAUUCGAUGGGCGUGUGUCGAGCACGGUGGUGCAAUUUGCCACCGGUGGACACUUGGACAGUGCCGUGAACUUGCCAAUGGAUCACGUGCUGGACUUGGUAUUGAGUCUGGAUCUGCAGCUGAGGGUGAACAGUACGUUUACGGUGUCGCUGCAGCAUCGCGAGACGAAGAAGGACUUCCACAUUCACUACAUCGUGUCGGAUUUGAUGCUGAGUGUGCAGGAGGAGAAUGUGUACUAUGGUCUGGGCAUGGGGGGAGUGGAUGGCAAUGGCACGAUGCCGUGGAAGCAUCUGACGCGAGAUCUGCUGGUGGAUCUGCAGAAGGGUGUGCCGUCGAGUGGCAGUGUUGGGGGCGAGAAGAGACGCAAGCUGCGCCGGACGGAGAUUAAGAUUACGCGGCUGUCUUUCGUGGGCGCGGGCUCCUUUGACAAUAUCACCCUGUCCACGAGUGAGCACAUUGCCCACUUCUACGAUGCCGCCGAGUGGUUUGUGCGGCAUCAGGACGCCACGACGGGCGGCUGGGCGAAUUCCGUGAGGCGGCGUCUGGGCUCGGGGUUUGCUGAGUUGCCGGUGGGCUGGUACUCAGCCAUGGGACAGGGUCAUGCAAUCUCCCUCCUGGCGCGUGCCUAUCAUCACUCUCGUGGCGACACGCGCUUCUUGCGCGCCGCCAUUGACGGACUGAAGCCAUUCCGUGUGCCGGCGUAUCAGGGCGGAGUGUUGGCCACGUUCCUGGGGAAGUACGCGUGGUACGAGGAGUAUCCCACAUCUCCGCCGUCGUUCGUGCUCAAUGGCUUCAUCUACUCCCUCCUCGGGCUGUACGAUCUCAAUUGCACAGCGCCUCAGGGACACAGUGCCGAGGCGGGAGUGCUCUUUGAGCAGGGCAUGUCAUCGCUGAAGCGAAUGCUGUUGCUCUUUGACACGGGCUCGGGCACGAGUUAUGAUUUGCGCCACUUCACGCUCGGCAUUGCCCCGAAUCUUGCCCGGUGGGAUUAUCAUGCCACCCAUGUUAAUCAGCUCCUCCUGCUCGCCACCAUUGACAGGGAUCCCGUGAUUGAGCAGACGGCGAAGCGUUGGCAAGGGUACAUGGUGGGCAAGAGGGCGCAGCACAAUUGAUUUGUCACGUUUGGACACCACAAUAAUAUUGAUAAAUGCUACAAUCCAAAUUCUCUAUAGAGAGAAUCGUAGUUGAUGACUGUUUACUCAAGAUGAUAAGCACAGAGGAUGAAUUCCAUUUUUAUAUGAUUACCAUUUUAAUUCACACAUAAAAAGAAAGUCUGGAUACAAAGAAAUACAGUUGUGUGGAAUGGAUUUAUCUAACCUUUCUUAUAUGGUCAGAAAGCAUUGAAUUUAAGAUGUUAUUGGUGAUCUGAGUCUGAUUAUUAUUAAUCAAUAUGACAGAAUGAAGAAGUUUCAGCGUUUUUCUUUGGUUAAAUGACACAUUAUUCAGUUCUAUUCUUCAGAAAUGGAGUGAAAUUUCGUGUGAAUAUGACAUUAAUCAUGUUGAAAAAGGUCACAAGGUUCAAUUCAGACAUGUCCUUUAAAACUGCCCCAUUUUCUACUAUUUUCACACCUCUUAAUCCACCCAAAAAUUGAAAUGCUUUCUGACAAAAUAAGGUCGCAACAUUUCCAUAUCAAUUUUGCUUUAGUUUCGAGCACAACUGUAAGUUCCUGAAGGGCAAAAAAAAUGUAGUGUUUUCAUAUAACUUUUUCUAAAUAAUCAAGUUCAUACAGUCACAAGAAUUUAGAAGGGUUUUUCUCUUUUGCAAAUGGAAUGACGUUUUGCAACACUUUUUGCACAGCAAUGCGAAGUAACAGAAUCUUUUAGGGAAUUUCGGUGGAAAAGUGUGGAUUUAGGCUUCCUGAGAAGUUUAAUCUGCUAAUCUGAGUACACUCGAGUGAAUGUGUGUUUAGUAGGAGUAAAUAUGAUUGGACAGUCUUAGCUAUAAAUAGCAAAGAAAGGCUUUUCAGCAUUAUAUGUAGCACAGAACUAUGUGUAAUUGCUUGGGCUGUAGAAGAUUAUGAACUUAAAUAAUUUUCAUAGCAAAAUAUUGUGCUGAAUUGGUUGCAGAAAUAAUACGGAAAAACACUGAAUCUGAUUCUAAAAAAAAGAAAGAGAGACGAAAACCAAACUUGCCAUAAUUGAAUUAUAAGUUUUCUUCUUGUGUAAAUUAAUAUAUAUCACAAAACAUAUUUCAAGUAAAUCAAACUGAGCUUAAUUGAGAAGAUCGCCUCACUUUUUGCAAUGGCAGGAAAAUGUACCUUAAAAAUGAAAAGAAAAAAAGAAUAUUGAAACUUAAAACUUUCUAGAGAAUUUCUCAUAGUUUGGUUUAUAUUUUUAUUUCUUUUACAAUAUAAAUGAAUUUUCAUAUUUUUUUUUUACUAUGGUUCUUUUGAAAUGUUGAUAAUUUUAUUACGUGAAAGAAUUUAUUAAUUAUAUAAUUUUGUAACUGAGUGUGAGAGAAAAUGUGAAAUAUGUGUAGAAAUGUUAUAUUUUCGUAGUGAAAAAAUAAAGAAAGAAAAAUGUGUGUUUGCGAGAGAGCUUAAAGAAAUGUUUCUAGAUGUUAGAUGAUUCUAUUUUUAGAGAGCACUAAAUCACACUGAAUAAUAUUUUUACACAAGUGAAGAAAAAAAAUGUGAAAGAAAAGUGAGCAAAAAACCUUUAAUAUCUCAUAAAAUAAAACUUUCAAUACAAAAAUGAGAAUCAAAUAAUCAAAGAGUUGAAUUUCUCAUUGUUUUUUUUUUCGAAAAAAGAAAAAUAAUAAUUUUUUUGCUAUAAAAUAUAGAGAAAGAAAAACAAUAACAAUUUUCACCUUCUUGUACAUAAAUUUUAAUAAAGAGAAAAAAAGAACAAUUCUUAAGAAAUGAAAAAUAUUGCCAAGUGAAACUUUUUGAAUACAUAAAAGAGAUCCAAUCAAGUGUUUACGUAGAAAAAGUUUCCUCCUUUUUAUAAAGUAUAUAUAUAAAGAGAGAAAGAACGUGAAGUUUAGUGAUGGGAAGAAGGAGAAAUAGUUGUAGAUGAAAGCUGUAGAUGAAACCCUUUUCUUCCAAUGUGUCAAUUUGCAAAAUGAAAUUUGUACGAAAUAUAAUGUGAAGAAGAUUGAUUAAUGUGUGUGA